GCAACUUCGCUUCUCGUCGUCGCACUGUCGUCGCAACUACUUGACCACUGCAUCAACAAGUCCCACUGCAUACCGCUCCACUUACAGCCCAGCUCCUCGUCGGGAAUCGAUAUAUACAUUCGGCACCCAUCGCGCAUUCCACCUUUUCGAGAAUACGAACCUCCGAGCAAGCAAUACAAGACCAACUCAAUCCCGAUACCGCCAUCCGUGACGACUGUGGCCCAUCAUGCAGUCCCUCAAUGCCUUGGGAAACAGACAAAUAGCGAGUCUGAAUAAGGAUCUGGUGAGGAUGGAGAGUGGCGAGAGCGGGGCAGCCGUGCAAGGUCAGAUAACGACUACAUUGAGCGCGCUCUCUCGACUCAUUAACGACUAUGACUCUAUGGCUCAGAAGGAGAUGGUGACGGCUGCUAGAGAGAAAGCCAACACGCGAGUGGCGAAGUUGAAGAAUGAGCACAAGGAACUCAAGUCUCGUUUUGAACGGGCCAAGAACGAGAGCCACGCAAAGGUAUGGUUGUCUAUUCGCACCUUCUGCUCCUCUGUUAAGACGUGUCUGCAGGCCCGCUCAAAUCUGCUGGGCACUGCUUCUGGCUCUGCUCCGCCGUUUUCUCCCAUGGGCGCCCAAAUGUCUCAAAGACGUGCUCAACCUCAAACAUUUGCCGAGUCCCCGUUCGCUUCUGAUCCCCUCUUCCGGCCGAACAAUCCUCCAACAGAUAGAGAGAACUUUGCCCUGCGAGAGCACUCUUUCUUGCAGGAGAGCGAGAAUUCGAUAGAUCAGUACAUCUCACAGGGAAGAGCAGUGUUGGAGAACCUCGUGGAGCAGAGAGGGAUGCUAAAGGGUACGAGGACAAGACUGCUCAAUGCUGCCAACACUUUGGGUAUGAGCAGAGAAACAAUUGGCUGGGUAGAGAGAAGAACGAAGCAAGAUGCUUGGAUCUUUGGGAUAGGUGCCACAUUCACGCUGUUCAGCUUCUGGGUGAUAUGGCACUAUCUGGGCUGAGCGGGGUGGGAAGGCGAUUAGACACGUUACUUGUAUCAUAGCGGGCGCAUAUAUAUAUCGAGGAUGCCAUGAGCCAACGAUGUAUCGUAUGACUCUUAGGUGCUCUUUACCUGCUGCCAGUGUGCUAGAACAACUGAACAAUGCGUUCUAUUACAGAUUUACAGACUACUGCCCUUGGCCAUCAGACUGCAUGGCGACCUCCUUUGUCUUACCCUAAAACGAAACUACUUUCAAU